CGCCACGGAGCAGAUGAUCUGGGCCACCAUGGUGACGGCGAAGAGGUCGCGACCCACGCUGGCGCACUUGAGCCAGGCGCCGGCGCAGUUGAGGCCCGCCCCCAGCACGGCCGUGAGGCGCAGACCCCGGCGGUCCAGCAGCCAGGUGGCCGGGAAGAUGAGAGGCACAUAGGCCAGCAUGUAGACGAUGGACAGCCAGUCGAUCUUGGCGUUGCUCACCUGGUAGAAGCGCGUAAACACGUUCGUGAUGAUGCUGUACUGGAUCCACUGGAAGGCGUUGACCAGCGAGUACAGGCUGAAUACGGCCAGAACCACGAAGCGGCUCCAGUAGAGCUUUGUCUCCAGACGCCCCCCGUCCUCCAGCUCCUCCUCUCCUCCAUCUUUUGCUCCUUCUCCUCCCUCUAUUCCGUCAGGCAGCAUCGCCGCGCUUUCAUCCGCCUCCUCCUGCACCUCCUUGUCCAGCCCAGUCUCACCGGUAUCGGCUGGGAGGCUGUCUUGGACCGCUCCCUCUCGUGGCUUCCUGUCCACGGUGAUGCGUUCAGAGUGGGCCAUCCUUCCUAACUCCAAAAAUCUUUGGGGUGCACCAUCUCAGAUUUCUCCUCAGAUUUCAUGUUGCCACGGCAACCCUCGCAUCGCAUACCAUCCGCAGCAGCGGAGCCUCUCCUGGAAGUCAACCAGCGGCGGGAGACCUGGUGUCAGGUGGAGUCGGACCCCCGCCGCUCCUGGGAAAGACCAGAGAGGAAACAUUACCGGGCGCACCUGCAGUCCAGCCCGGUUCUCCUCGCCGUCAUGAGCGGCGGGCCACGACGGGGGAUGGCCUGCAGGGGGUGGCCGCCUCGCGCUAACCUCCCUCAGAGGCGCCAUUUUGAAGAAAGCUAUGAUUCCCAGCUGGCGUGGACCACUGCGGACUGUCAGCAUCAGAACGGCGGAUGAACUUUGACACACCAAUGUUUUGAGGCCACAGCGUGUGUUCAUUUUCUCUCAUUUCACACGCCGCCUGCCACCACACUGAUCCCUUACAACAACAUUCAACUUGGCUACAUUCCUCCACAAACAAUGUGUGCGUGUGUAUGUGUGUGUGAGAGAGACUUACUGCCAUCAUUAACUUUUCUUAACAAGGACGAUUAGAGGGCGAAUUUAAGACGUGCCUCACGGCACAUGACUCAUCCGUUCAUGUCGAGUACUGUAAAGUAUUACAUAAAAAAGGUAGUACUUCAGAAGUCCAAGUCAUCAUCAGAUGAAGGUACGAAAGCUGACGUUGAUCCUCAGCUGACUAACAUGAGUGCAGAUUAAAGGUGAUUAACCAAAUAUAAAAUAGAUUUCCAUCAUAAUUUACAUGGCAUUAACACCAUCAUGUAACACCGUCUGCUCCCUUGUGUGUUGGUGACACUCACACAAAAGCGGAAUAAAAACACACUCUGACGUUGGCUGUGUUGUCACUAAAUAAACUGACCACGCGGGAUUAGGAAAGCCUAUUCACUGUUGGAAUGCUGAUGAGAGGGGCAAGCUAAAAUGAAAAGAAAGAUAAAUUGUUUACAUUUUAAGAGCUUAAGUAACAACAGCACUGGUUUUAAAUGACUAAAGAAGGUGGCUGAGGUCCAAGGUCACAUUUCUGUGUGCAUGUUUAUGGUCAGCUCUCUGAAGUAAAAACCAGCAGGAUGGAGCUUCACUGUAAUGUAGAAAUAUUCAACAACAUUCUUUCAUCGCCUCCAGGGGCCUCCGACACACACACACACACACACAUACAUACCACCACACUGGUUAAAAAAAAAAAAAACAGUCUACAAUAAAAUUGCCAAAUAUACUAACUUUCUAGCAGAUGAAAUUACAAAAUAAAGCAUUGAUAAUUAUUACUUAAUUUUUUUCUUGUCAUCAUAUAAAUGGUAAACUACGCAAUUAUUAGGUUGCUUCAGUUAAAAUUUUGUUUUCUGCCUGAGGCAACUAUUGCUUCAACUGUUGUUUCUGCAAGACAAGCUGACUGCACAACGCUCCUGUCCGGUAGGUGGCGGUAAUGAACAUGUCAAACCCAUUAAAGAAAAAGAAGAAACCAGGAAGUAGUCAUCAAAACAAACCAAAACAAAAGGCGGCAAAAUGGAUCCCGUCGACGGAAAAGACUUACUCGCCAGUGAAAUUAAUCAAGAAUACAGAGUGCAACUUACGUCUAAAAAACAUGCCAUAGAGCAGAUGAAAAGGUACAAGGUAAUUUUAAACAAAGCUCUAGAUGGACAGCCGGGAAUUGAUGAGGAAACAAAGCGAGUUUUACUUCAGGAGCUGCUGGCGAACUUUGAAUCUGCCGUCCAGCAAAACGUGUUAGUGAAUGGACAGACGUGGGAGGACGCCCCGGAUGUAGAUGCUGAGGAGGAGGGAGACGACUGGGAAAGCCAGCUGGAUGACGCAAUCGUUGAGACGGCGAGGAGAAGAGGCACGUACCCCCGACGCAUCCUGCCUCAUGUGGUCCAGGCCCUUAAGGCUGAGCGCAAACUCCUGGACCUUUAUGAAGAACCAGUCACAGCUCCGAAGGUUGUCACAGACCCUCAAACAGAGAACUUCAUGAAGGAUUUGUCAGCUGCAGCACCUGGACUGGUGAAGCAGGCCAGGCAGGUCAUCAAGUCCAUCUGCACUCUGCAGCAGCAGGCUGAAGGUCUGUUUGAGGUGGUCAACAUGAAGCCCAGUCAGACCUGUCUCCAGGUGGACAACGAAGUGUUCGGCGGCAGUGGCUUAGCAGCAGAAGUCCCGCCCCCUUCACUGAACGGACCCCCGACGACCAGGCAGCCGGUCAAGAGAGUGGCGGAGGACGCGGCGGCCGCAGACGCCUACGUGCCCAUCAAACAUAAAUAUGACGGAGAAGCACAGUGACGCCACUUGAUUAAGGCGGGAUGGAAGCGUCCAAUGAGGAUGGAAGAAGCUUUUUCUCAGCACACCAUCACGUGUCACAGCGGGCACACCUUCAAAACACUUUUACUUCUAAAUAUUUGCACAAGCAUGAUGCUAAAUGUAAAUAAAAGCAAUU